GCGAAUAUGGUUUCGAAAUCUACGCCAAUGAGCCGGAGGACGGCAAGGCAUUCACUCACAUCUGUCAGUACCUCAUUCACUACGAGGCGCCACCGGGUUGGACUUCACCAGAUACGGGUCGUGGCUACACUAUGCCCAUCACCUCUCGUUCUGGGGCCUCUUCUGCCAAUAGCCUGGAGGAGCGGGAGGGGGGCGACUCCAGGGUCCUCCUGCGUGACAUGCAAAACUACGGCUCCGAGGCCCCCUCCCUCGGCCAGCUGCCCCGUCCCUACG